AUGGAAGAUCUCUUCAUAGGCUUUGCUGAAACACAACUCAAAGCAGUGGAUAUUAUUGGCUUGGGUUCUGGACCAGAGUUGGACAAGAAACUCAAGUAUGCAAGUGAUGUUUGUACUGGAGUAAUUUUUGGAAAAGAGCUUGUAAAUGCACCAGCAAAUGUUCUUACCCCUGGUGUACUUGCGGAAGAGGCUUCAAAAGUUGCUUCCUCGUAUAGUGAUGUUUUUACUGCAAAUAUACUAGACGUGGAGCAAUGCAAGGAGCUAAAGAUGGGUUCAUACUUGGGUGUUGCUGCAGCAUCUGCGAACCCUCCUCGUUUUAUCCAUUUGUGUUAUAAGCCUCCAGGUGGUGAUGUGAAAAGAAAGCUGGCUAUUGUUGGGAAAGGUUUAACAUUUGACAGUGGUGGUUACAACAUAAAGACUGGGCCAGGCUGUUCCAUAGAAUUAAUGAAAUUUGAUAUGGGCGGCGCUGCUGCUACUUUUGGUGCAGCAAAAGCUAUUGGUCAAAUCAAACCUCCUGGAGUAGAGGUUCAUUUUGUUGUUGCUGCCUGUGAAAAUAUGAUAAGUGGCACAGGCAUGAGACUUGGAGAUAUAGUUAUAGCUUCUAAUGGAAAAACAAUUGAGAUGUGA